AACGUAGAGAAAGUUUGCAAACACGAUCUAGGCGGUGAAAAUUUCGGUAAAAUAUAGCUUUGGAAGCCUUUAUCACACCGUUCACACAAUGGCGGACGUGUUGGACAUCUACAACCACGAAGAGUUCGAGGUGGACGAAGAUGGAGACCAGGGCAUCGCACGGUUAAAGGAAAAGGCACGCAAGCGAAAGGGACGCGGGUUCGGCAAUGAAAGCAUCCCCCGGGAAACAAUCGACUAUGAGCGGCUUCAGGACGACGAGGAAGAGGCCGAACCCGGUCCACAGCGCUCGGUCGAGGGGUGGAUCUUGUUUGUAACAUCCAUCCACGAGGAGGCGCAGGAAGAUGACAUUCAGGAGAAGUUUUGCGAGUUUGGCGACAUUAAAAACAUUCACCUGAAUCUCGACCGCCGGACCGGCUUUCUGAAGGGGUACGCACUAGUUGAGUACGAAACGUAUAAGCAGGCGAUGGCGGCCAAGGAAGCGUUGAAUGGUUCGGAAAUUCUGGGCCAAACGAUUGCCGUCGACUGGUGCUUCGUAAAGGGACCGAAAAAGCUCAAAAAAUCCAGCGACCGCCGCCGGCGAUAGAGAUAGGCGAAAGUAAAUGCAUACCAAUUCUUUAGGUAAAGACACGAUCAGCCCUAAACAGCCACCCAUUUGUCACACACCACAGAUUAACGGUUAGCUUGUCCCAUAGAGGAUUUUGUAAGAAAUACGCGACAUGAAAUAAACUGGACCUUAUAAU